AUGGACACAUUUACAACAACAAAAUAUUGUAGAUACGUGAAACGAUUGUGGAUCAAUAUGGGAUUCUUAAAGUUGUUAUUAAAUGUUAGCUUCAUAUUGGCUAUGAGUUUUUGCAUCAAUGGUAAUUUUGAAAUUAUACGUCGUUUACCCAGCAACGCGAUACCUUUUCACUACGACAUUGAACUGACGCCGACGAGUUAUCUCGAAGGAAAUGACUCCGUUUUCAUCGGCGAAUCCGAUAUUCGAAUUGAGAUUCAUUAUCCAUCGCAAAAUAUAAGCUUACACGCGAGAGAUUUAUUAAUAGAUGAAACAGUGACAACGUUGACUAAUGACAAGAAUAUAGUUUAUAAACCGAUGGAACAUACUCAUGACAAUGUAACGAGUAUCUUAACACUUGAAUUCAAAAAUGUAUUAUCGCCUGGUUUUUACACUCUUAACAUAAAAUUUACUGGUAUUCUAUCUGAAACUCAUAUUAAAGAAAAUGGUUUCAUGAAAUUUCCAUACACAAACGAAGAAGGAAAGAAAAUGUGGACGAUUGCAACAUUUUUCGAACCGAAUGGAGCCAGACGAGUAUUUCCAUGUUGGGACGAACCAGCAUUCAAAGCCACUUUUAACAUAUCUGUAAAGCAUCACAAUAAAUAUAGUGCAUUGUCAAACAUGCCAGUACGAAUAGAAUACACGGUAGACGCUAACACAGUCAUGACACGCUUCAAAACUACUCUUAAAAUGUCCACUUAUCUUGUGGCGAUUGUUAUGGUUCCCAACUCUGAUUACAUUUAUAUUUCCAAUGCAGGCAAUAUGAAUACGUGGUGCAGGAGAUCUUGGAUGUCGCAAGUAGAAAUAUCGCUUACAAUUGCUAAAAAUGCCAAGCCAGUUUUCACCGAAUAUUUCAAUAGUUCCGAUAAAAUGCCGAAAACGGAUCACGUCGUAAUACCGCAUUAUCCGAGUUUAGGCAUGGAACAUUGGGGACUCAUCAUUUACAGUGAAGCAUUACUUUAUAAUGACAACAAACAUCCAAGAUAUAAGUCGACAGAAGUAGCAUUACUAGUAUCACAUGAAAUUAUACAUUAUUGGUUUGGCAAUUUGGUCACUCCAUCUUGGUGGACCUAUCAGUGGUUAAAAGAGGGACUUACUAUGUUUAUCGAAACGACACUUCUUGAGAAGUUUUGGAAAGGUUUUAAAGAGGAUGUUCAGAUGUUUGGAUUUAUUCAAUAUAGUCUUUUUAAAGAUAUUGGCACAAUGCAGUCUGUCACAUUGAAACUUAACAAUAAUACUCUUGAUCAUGGGACAAUAUUUGGUAGUGAAGUUUAUAUAAAAGCACCAGUUUUAUUACGUAUGUUAUAUAAUACAAUUACCGCUGAAGUAUUUCGAAAGGGUCUUAUUACGUAUUUGGCCAGAUACCAAUUUGGUGUGGCUAAUUCAGACGAUUUUUGGAGCUCCAUGCAAAGUGCUCUAGAUGAAUCUGAUGUCUUACACAAAGAUUACAAAAUAAAAGAAGUUAUGGAUACUUGGAUGAACCAAGACCGUUACCCUAUCGUAAACGUAAUAAGAAAUUAUACAAUUGGUGAAGUAACAAUAUCUCAAAUAUGUGUUCAGAAAUUUAAUGAAACUAUCACUAAUAAAUGGUGGAUCCCCUUGACUUACACUACGCAGUCUAAUCUAUACUUCAAUAAUACUGUGCCUAAACAUUGGUUACGACCAGAUCAAAAUAUAACUUUUUUAAUUAAUUCAAAAGAUUGGUUUAUUGUUAAUUUACAACAUACUGGGUAUUAUCGUGUUAAUUACGACAUCAAAAAUUGGCAUAAAAUUUCAAAUUACUUACAUAGUGGAAGAAAAUACUUGAAUAUACAUGUCUUUAAUCGUGCUCAAAUUAUUAAUGAUGCAUUUUUCUUUAUGAUGGAAGAAAAUAAAGAAAUGAGUGGAUACUUGUUUAUUAAUAUUAUAAGUUAUUUAGCAAAUGAAAGAAAUUAUGUGCCAUGGUAUACAUUUUUACGAAUUGUAACGCGGUUAUUGAAGAUUCUUUUGUUGCCAGACAUGUUCAGAAUUAAGUUGCGUAUGAAAGAGCUCUUAGGUAGACUACUUAUCGAAACAGGAUACGAAGAAGAACCUAAUGAGAACCAUAUCAUUACGCUUAUAAGGGCAAAUGCUUUAAAACUUGCAUGUACUCUCGGUGACAUGAAAUGUAAGGAAAUAGCUGCCACUAAAUUGAGGAAACAUCUCGAGGAUCCCAAGACUCAUAAAAUUCCACAAUAUCAAAAUUUUGUAUACUGUCCUGGUUUGAUGACAGCCAAUAGAACUAUUUGGGAUAAAAUGUUGGAAAUUUAUUUAAAAAAAGAUCGUAAAACGGAUAAAUUUCAAAAACGAUUACUAAAAAGUUUGAGUUGCGCUGAAAAUCCCGAUAUCAUCAUUAACUAUUUAAAUAUUACAGCAUUUACCAAAUCAUUUCCCGAUAAGGAGCAUUGUCUUGCCUUUAUAUAUAUUAUUGAGAAGCAUGCGCGCAACGACUUGAUCCUUGAUCAUAUAUUAACAAAUUUUGAGAUCUUAAAACCCAAAUUACUUACUAUAAGUGCAAUAAUAACAAAGAUUCUUGAAAACAUUUAUUCUGACGAACAAAUUGAGAAGGUGCAAAGAUUCUCAAUGAGAAUUAUCGACCACUUAGGUCUAGAUACUUUUUGGACAAUUCAAGAGUCGAUAAAAAAGCAUAAAAAUUUUAUUAAAAAAUUGAUGGACACUUUUAAAAGACGAUUUCAUUCAACACAUCCACCUUACGAUACUAUUGAUCCCGAGCCCGAGUAA